ACUUACUCGAAAAUGGGUUUAAACAGCGCAUUGGCCGAUAGUAAGGAUAAUUUUUCGUAAGACAAACACCAUCUUCUCUCUCUAAUGACACUGGUCGUUCACCAUGGCCAGCAAAGUUCAGGCACGACACGACCUCAAUGACGAUGCCCUGGGGAAGUACCUACAGCAGCACCUACCUGACCUCUCUCUGCCUAUAGUAUCAACAAAAAUUGGCUAUGGACAAAGCAAUCCCACAUACUUUGUCGACGAUGCCAAGAAGCAGCGCUACAUACUACGCAAGAAACCAUCCGGUACGAUAAUAUCCCCCGUGGCGCACCAAGUCGACCGCGAGUACCGCGUCCUCCAGGCUCUGGGAACUGUAGAAGGCUUUCCAGUGCCUCGAGUGUACUGUUUGUGCAUGGACGACAAGAUCAUUGGCACCGCUUUCUACGUCAUGCAAUAUGUCGAAGGCCGCAUACUCAAAGACCCCGAUCUCUCCGAGCUCGCACCCGCGGACAGACGCGCAGCAUGGUUCUCCGUCAUCUCAACUUUGGCCUGGCUGCAUUCCAUCGACCCCGAUGCAAUCGGGCUCUCCUCCUACGGCAAGAAAACAAACUUCUACGCCCGCCACUGCACCACGUUCUCUCGGAUCGAAUCCCAGCAGGCACAGGUGAAAGAUAUUUCUACCGGCAAGCCGCUCGGCCGCGCACAUCCCUCAUUCGACGAAAUAACUGCUUACAUACGUGCGAACCUUCCCUCUGAACGCGCUGGUAUCAUCCAUGGCGACUACAAAUUCGACAAUAUCGUGUUGCACCCCACGGAGCCGCGCGUCAUUGCUGUUCUGGACUGGGAACUGAGUACUAUCGGCCACCCGCUCAUGGAUUGCGUGUACGUGACGGGUCCAUACUGGAAUCGGUAUAGUAAAGCUGGGCUGGGGAAGCCAAGGGACGACCAGGGUGGGGAAGCGUAUGAUGAUGAGAAGAGAGCGCAGAGCGGGAUGCCGGAGAUGGGAGACCUGUUAGACGAGUAUACUAAGAGAGCGGGGUGGGAUCCGAGAGGCGAUCGGUGGGAAGUCGCGAAAGUGUUCCAUCUGAUGAGGGGUGGCACGAUCAGCCAUGGCAUCCAGGCGAGGACAAUUAGCGGGCAGGCGAGCAGCGAGUUCUCGCAUAUCUACUUUGAGAAUACGAGGAGUUUGGAAGCGGCGUUGGAGAUGGUGAGGAGUCUGAAAGAGGAAGAAGGGCCGAAGAGUAACUUGUAA